AUGUCCGAAGACAUCGUGUUUAAAAUGCAGCUUGCUCGCAUCCUGCAGCUCAACAUCCCCAACAAGUUUUUUUUUGGUAAUCACAAGCCCACCAUGAGCUACAAGAACAACUAUGAGCUUCACGUCAGUAUACCGAGGGCCCCACUGCCCUACCCUGCCCUAGCUGACCAGCUCACACAGAGCCGAGACAGGCUACAUGACCGCCGUUCGCCACCCCCGGACGAACUGCUUGCCCCUCUGGCAACACUCUACCCGCAUGUCGCAGCCCUACAGCUGCGGUAUAACCCUAACAGCUGUACUUUCACGGGCUACCGCCACACAGGCUACUGGGCCUCAGCCUACACAACACAAGGCCUGGAUGACCCAUCGUCAUCUGCACGGAAAUAUGGUGCGCGGUGCUGUCUGAGACAUGUUUGA